CAGCACGUUAUGUUGGACUUUUCAACAGUUUGAACUUGUGCUUGUGUUUGCUAACGCUGGCGCACAAACAAAAACGAAUAAACUUAAAUCACGCGGAUAAAAAAAGAUGUCCUCAGAUGAUGGUGAGCUGGCCAGUCCACACCUACCUAAGGAUUCAGAUCGGGGCAGCUCAGUGUCUUCUGAACUUCAGGAGGAGUAUGAAGAACUGCUUCGCUUUGCUGUAGUCACUCCAAAGUAUGAUCCAAGUAACCCGUCACGUCUGAUGAGCAGCUCGUUUUCUAUAAAAGCUGCCCAGAAUUCCAGCGCAAUGGAUCCUGCAAGACUCGAGGCGGAAAAUGGGAGACGAUCAUCACCCGUAUGUGAGGUGAUUUCAGCCACCUGUACUUCACAGUUAGAUGGAUCACGACCACAGAGUCGUAUUUCUGAAGGUGAGGAAGUGGAGUCCAGUUCUGAUGAAGGCACACAUACUGACUCUGACAAAUCUGGGAAGAGCAGUCCAGGUCACGUGAUCAACGUAAUGACAGAAAUGUUUGUGUCAGAAGAGAACCUGAACAAGAUGGAGGACAUUUUGGACACAUGGAGCAAUAACCUGAAGAGCAAUGUGAUGACAGAGCUACGGAAAUGGAAAAUAGCCUUCAUGGAGCAGUACAGACUGGAGAUGAUGAAGGAGAGGGAAAAACAUGCUGCUCACGUAGCAGGCAUUAAUGCAGAGAUGGACGGCCUCAAAGACCUGCUCAAUACCUACCAAAUCUCCAAUCAGCGGAAAGAUGAGGUGAUCGUGAAUUUGACACGAGCGGUUGACAGGCAGCGGGAGCGGCUGGAGCUGAUGAGGAGCUUCACCCAGUGGAGACUCCAGCACUGUGCUGCCAAAGAGGAGGCUCAGGCGAGCAGACUGGCAGAGCAGCACUACCAGCUGCAGUUGAAGAAGAAGGCGUGGGCUGCCUGGCAAUCGCUUAUCCAAAGAGGCUGGAGGGAGAGGGCAGAGCGGGCAUGCCGUGCUCGUGCUGAAGAGGUCUGUCUGCAGCUCUCUGCUGACUAUGAGGCUAAACUGGGGGAGCAUGUAGAGGCCCUUCAGAAAGCCCAAGCUGAGAUCCAAAGGCUGCACAAAGAGAAGGAGCGCUAUGAAGACUCCAUGAAGAAGGCAUUCAUGCGUGGUGUCUGCGCUCUCAACAUUGAGGCUCUCAGCAUGUUCCACACUGCAGAUACAGGCAGACAGGAGCAAGAUGCACCACCCUCAGGAGACGAACCCAGUUCUAGCUCAAUGGCCAGUCGUCCACUCUUUACUGCAUCUUCUGCACGCAUGAGCCCAAUCAGCAUGGAGACUCCGGUGCAGCCCGUUCACUCCCACGCUAAAACGGACGACACCGAAGCAAAUCAGCAUAGCUCUCAGCCUGGCUUUAGUACAGCAAGCAGCCGGACAGAUGCACUGCCCUCCACUGCAGUGGUGAACCCCGCUUUAGCACCUGGAGCAAGUUCCCUUCGACAGUUCCCACAGACGAGUGUACGCACAGUAACAGCUGGUCAACAGAAGGCUUCAAAGACUGUGACCGCACGUAUCACCGGACGCUCAGAACUAGCCAAGGCGGUCCGUAACCCUGGCAACCUGCAUGUCAUGGGUGUGGUUCCACCCAUGAGCUCCAUCGUAGUGGAGAGACACCACCCUGUCAAUCAGGUUACCCUCGGUCAGGCAACAGCGGCCAAAUUUCCUCGUUCUGCUCUACAGAGUCACACUGUGUCCAGUACUAAAAGCUCCAGCCAGCCCAGGGGACAGCCGUCCUCCGCAUUUCACAUCCACUCCAUUAAAGUAGUGGACUAA